AAGUGCUGUCUGUCAUAUUAAUUUAGGCUAUGUAGACGGUGUAGUUAAUUUAAAGAAAAAUCUUAACCAAAAUGUAGCUAUUUGAAGAGAUUUGGCUGAGUACUGUUGCGUCAAAUGAAUCAUAACGGAAUAACAGCUUUGAGUGAAAGCAUAUAUUGCACCAAGGAUGUAAUUAUAUUCAGCAUUGGUGGCACCCAAGAUACUGAUGCAAGAAUCAAACGCACAUGUGAGCAUCACGUGUCCCCCUCCCCCAGUCCCGAUCUCUUGUCUGAGAGAGUCUACAGCUCAACUAGAUCAUGAGGAAACAUACACGGGCCUGCAGCUUGAGGCUCUGAAGUCUAUUAUUCUGGAGUACCUGGGGAUGGACGCACCACCCAGGCCUGGAGGAAGAGCUUCUCACCAGGACUUGGUCAGGAUGUACCGUCAGUAUAGGAGAAUUGGACAAUUGCUUAAAGGGAAUUCCAGUGAAGAACAAGAGCUUCAGCCUGCAAGAAGAGCCUCUACGGUGCUCUUUCCCACGACAGUACAGCCUCUGAAUUCCAGCAUGGAUUCAAGGCAGCAGUGGUUCAGAGCUGCUUUCCAGAAGAACGCACACAUCAAAACUGGAGUCAACCUUAAACGCGCAAGGCUGCAAAUUAAGAGACCACGCUUGGAUAAAAUUACACCCGGCCAGCCAUGGCUAUCAAAAGACAUUGUGGUUAGAAUACAUAAACCUCUUAGUUUUCAUAAAGAGACUGUAAUUCGUGCAAGGCACUUGAACUCUCGGGUUGUCACGUUGGAUUUAACAGUUGCGGUUGAGAAGUGGCUUAAGGACACAAGUGCUGAGCUUUUAGUUGUUGAAAUUUGCCUUCUCAAAAAACAAGAAGUGGGUACACAAUCCAUGCCUCUGCUUGUUUUACAACUUGAACAAGCAGUGAGGAGAAGCAGGAGAGCUCUCUCUACUAAGGAGGAAAGUGUUGAGGAUGAAGGUCACUGCAGGCGAAAGUCAUUAAAUGUUUCCUUCAAAGAGAUCGGCUGGUCAGACUGGGUUAUCGCUCCUUCGGGCUAUACUAUGCACUACUGUGAGGGUUCCUGUCCACAUAGUUAUAAAGCUGCCAGUAUGCAUACUCUAGUUAAGUCUCGUCUGCAUCUUAUGUCCAAAGGAACAACACCCGGGCCUUGCUGCGUUCCAGCUGCCUAUGAGCCAAUGGUUCUCAUGCACUAUGACAGUCGUGGAAAGCUGAAACUCACACCUUUCAACGAUUUGAUAGUUAGUAAAUGCCACUGUGCAUGAGCAAUGUGUUUUUAAAUGAGACUGAUUAUUAACUGAACAAUAGAGAAGAUGAAAAGGAGGCAAAAUAUCUAGUCGAUGAAAUGCAAAUAAAUGUUCUCACACACAUUUGGUUACAUUCCUCAGGUUUAUAAAAUAGUUUGGCUUCUUCUGAAACCAGAUGCCUGCUUACCUGUAUACACUGACAUGAUGAAUGGGUACUGUAUUUUCACAUGAUUGACAUACUGGAAUAUCAAGUUAUUUAUUGUAAUUUAUUUGAAAAGUUUUGUAUCGUUUUUAUUGGUUUGUUGCUGUGUUGCAAAUGAAUCGAAACCUUUUGUAUUUUUGAAAGAAUGUAAAUAAUGUGUAUAUUAUAAUAUAUUUUCAGUUUGGUUGUUUAGCUUAUGAAUAAUGGUUGAACAACUCACAUUUCAAUAAAGAUGAUUCAACAUCCUCUCUGAAUAUAAGAUGAA